AAAAAGUACUGUGGAGUCGGAGUUCCUACUCAGAGAAAAAAUAUGCUGCGUUCCACACCAUGACGUCAUAUUUACCUACCGGAACUCGCAGCCGGGAGUCGUGUCCACGAAGAAGAAUGGCCGGGCUGCUGAAAAAGACAACCGGCCUGGUCGGUCUGGCAGUGUCCCACAACCCACAUGAGCGUCUUAGGAUUUUGUACUCAAAGAUCUUGGCAUCCGUGCAGACCAUGCCACAGGACGCAGCCUACAGGAAGUACACAGAGCAGCUGGUCAACGAGAGGUUCAACCACGUCAAGACGGAGCCUGAUGUUGAGAAGCUGGAGAAGAAGAUAAACUGUGGGCAGAUUGAAGAAGUCAUUUUCCAGGCGGAGUGUGAGCUGGCUCUGUCCAGGAAGAUGUCGGAGUGGAAGCCAUGGGAGCCGUUGAUGGAGGAGCCUCCUCCCAACCAGUGGAAAUGGCCUGUCUGAAUGCACCUGUGUAUGCUGUCUGUUCCUUACCUCUGCUUCUAAUGAAAUGCAAAUAAAAGUCCUGCAAAUAUUG